GCGGCACCACUGUCCACAUCUCCCUACCAAGAUUUAUGAUAAAACAGAGAAACCAUGUCUUCUCUCCGAAUACACCGAGAACUACCCAGUCUAUCACUCUUACCUGCCCAGAGAGUCCUUCAAGCCCAGACUGGUGUACCAGAAAGGGUCCAUACCAAUGGAAGGCCUGACCACAUCAAGCUGAUUAUUUACCUUGGAACCAACCGAGACGAGAACCACUUCGUCCACCGCACAAUUACCGGCCGACAUCAACCAAGUUUGACAGUAGAACCACACACCAGGAUGACUUCCCCAUAAAGGGCCCCGUGAACACCAUGAGCUGUAAACCUCUGGCCAUGCCAAAGCUCUGUAACAUCCCUUUGGAGGAUCUGACUAACUAUAAGAUGAGCUACGUGGCCCACCCCGUGGAGAAGCGCUUUGUGCACGAGGCAGAGAAGUUCAGGCCCUCUGAAGUCCCCUUUGAGAGCCUCACCACUCACAAACAAUCCUACCGGGGCCUGAUGGGGGAGCCUGCCAAGAGCUUGAAACCUCUGGCCAGGCCCCCUUGCCUAGACGUGCCUUUCUCCAAUGUGACUGAGUUUCGAGAUAAGUACCAAGCCUGGCCAACGCCUCAGAUGUUCUCCAAAGCUCCCAUCACCUAUAUCCCUCCAGAAGAGAAGAUGGAUCUUCUGACAACAGCACAGGCUCAUUACACAUACCCUAAGGGUGCCCCAGCUCAGUCCUGCCGACCAGUGCUCCCGAUUAAGAAGAGCGGUCGCUUUGAAGGCUCCACCACCACCAAGGAUGACUACAAGCCGUGGUCCAGCAUGCGCACGGAGCCAGUCAAGCCCACCCCCCACCUGAACCUCCCCACCGAACCCUUGGACUGCCUGACCACCGCUCGAGCUCACUACGUGCCCCACCCACCCACCAAUACCAAAAGCUGCAAGCCCCCCUUGCCCGGCCCUCGAGAAAAUGUCCCCGUGGAGGGCCAGACCACCUACACCGUCAGCUUUACUCCCAAGGAAAUGGGCAGGUGCCCAGCUUCAUACCCAGAGCCCCCCGGCUACAUCUUUCAGGAAGUGGAUGCUUUUGGACAUCGGAUGUAUAGGCCGGUUUCCCAGGCAGGCUCUCGGCUGAGCAGCCGUCUUUCUGCGGGAGAUUUGGAAAACCCCCACCGGAGGGAGUUGGCAGUGUUGGCCUGAUUUUAAAAAACGAUUAUUUGGAAAUUGCACAAUACUUUUAGAAGCAGAUGAUUGAGAAUUAUUUGUUGGACAGAAAAGAGAAUUCCCCAAGAUGAAAAAAUAAUCUUCAUCACCAUUUCCAGGACCCUUGAAUAAAACGUGAAUCACUUGACUCAAGGAAAAUGACAUUUAAUAACUGGCAAAUUAGCUCCCCUUAACCCUCCCUCUACUGUCUUGCCACCCCCUACCCCUUGGUUUCUUACUUUCUGCUCAAGGAAUCAAAGCUGGUCUCUAUGAGGUUUUUCUCGGAUCCAGAUGUAUUUUAUUAACUUAAACAUUGUACAAAAUGACGUAAUGAUUAACCCUUGCCAAGGAUGAAAUAAAAGAAUAAAUCGCAUUUUGGGGGG